GGCGUCCGAGAGGAGCUGCGUCCAUGUCGGCCCUGCUGGCCAGUUUCCUGGGUGCACUGCCACCAUGGUCUGGUUCUGCAACAGUGCCAACUGCCAAUUUUCAGUCUUCGCCCUUGCCACCAUAGGAUGGAUCCUCUCCUCUACGUCCAUGGGUCUCGUGGAGUGGCGAAUAUGGUACAUGAAAGACACCCUGCUCUACCCCCCUGGAAUCGCCUGCGUGGGAAUAUUUAGAGUCUGCGUUUACCGGCAUCGCACCAACAGCACCACAACCAAAUUUUGUUACCGAUACAGCUACCGGGACACCUUUCUCCCUUUCGAAAUUUCCAUGGCUCAACGCUUUCUACUGACUGCCAGCAUUUUCGGAUUCUUUGGGAGAGCCUUUAACAUGUUUGCGCUUAGAAACAUGUCCAUGAGAAUAUUUGAGGAGGACACCUACAAUUCAUUCGUUGUUUCAGGAAUUCUCAACAUUGCUGCUGGUGUCUUUAACUUAAUUGCUGUGCUCCAGAACAACCAUGCCAUCAUAAACUCACAGGGGAUCAUCUUCCCGCCAUCUCUCCAAAUGCCCUUCAAGCCAGAUGUGCAGGAAGUUGGCACUGCCAUUCAAGUGGCAGGGAUAGGUGUCUUGCCGAUGCUGUUAACUGGGAUGUUUUCUCUAUUUUACAAAUGUCCCCUGUACGGCCAACUGCAUCCUGGUAUUUCAGAAAUGUGAAUUUCCUGCUUGCAUUGGCUUUGCAAAUCUAAGAUUUCUGGGAGUUUGUGGAAAAUGUUAUUAGCAUGCUCUACCAAAUAUUGCCAACGACUCAAGACCAUGGCAUGAGUAGCUUGGGACAGAAGGUGGCCAACUGCCUCCUUCUGUUGUCUUGUGUAUCUGAAUGUGGUUCACUGAUUUGUUGGUUGAAUUGAGAACUUUUAUUUAAAAGUCUUCCCACCUGCCAGUUGGUCUUAUUGCAUCUGAAUUUUAAUUAUUGUUGGCUAAAGCAAAUAAUCAACCCUGUAAACUAAGAGUAGGGAAAUAAGAGUUUCUGAGUACAUUAACUUCUCACAUUUCCCUCUUAAACUUUUGCUACAAACAAUCAUAGGCCAGGCAUGGUGACUUACGCCUG